CUCUCACACAACACAACACACAUUUCAUUUUCAUUUUCCGUUUCCGUUUCUUUCUUAGAAAAAAAAAACACCGAUUCAUUAUCAAUGGCGGUUCCUCCGUCGGUCGCCGCCACUCCGGCUUCUCUUUACGUCGGCGAUCUUCAUCCCGAUGUCUCCGACGGACAACUUCAUGAAGCUUUCUCCGAUUUCAAGUCUCUCGCUUCCGUUCGCAUUUGUAGAGACUCUUCUACCGGACGCUCACUCUGUUAUGGCUAUGUCAACUUCCUUUCUCCUCAAGACGCAAUUCGUGCUAUUGAGCUAAAGAAUCAUUCUACCUUGAAUGGAAAGGCGAUAAGGGUUAUGUGGUCGCGACGUGAUCCCGAUGCAAGGAAAAGUAGCAUAGGGAACGUGUUUGUUAAGAAUUUAGCUGAGUCGAUAAAUAAUUCUGGACUAGAAGAUAUGUUUAAAAAGUUUGGGAAUAUUUUGUCAAGCAAAGUUGUAAUGUCUGAGGAUGGGAAGAGCAAAGGAUAUGGCUUUGUUCAAUUUGAAACAGAGGAAUCUGCAAAUACUGCUAUCCAGAAGAUGAAUGGCUCUACUAUUGUUGAUAAGCAGAUAUAUGUUGGGAAGUUUGUCAAAAAAAGUGACCGCGUAAUGUCUGGCCCUGAUGCAAGAUAUACAAACUUGUACAUGAAGAAUUUGGACCUAGAUAUUACAGACACAUUUCUAAAGGAAAGGUUUUCCUCUUUUGGGAAAAUCAUUAGCUUGGUUGUUGCAAAGGACAGCAACGGGAUGUCAAAGGGUUUUGGCUUUGUGAACUUUGAAAAUCCGGAUGAUGCUAAAAGGGCAAUGGAAGCAAUGAAUGGAUUGCAACUUGGUUCAAAGAUUCUGUAUGUAGCCCGGGCACAGAAGAAGGCUGAGCGUGAGCAGAUCUUGCACCAGCAGUUCGAAGAGAAACGAAAGGAACAAGUCUUGAAAUACAAGGGGUCAAACAUUUAUGUGAAGAAUAUUGAUGACAAUGUUAGUGAUGAAGAACUGCGAGCUCAUUUUAGUGCAUGUGGCACUAUAACUUCUGCAAAAGUUAUGCGGGAUGAGAAAGGGAUAAGCAAAGGAUUUGGUUUUGUUUGCUUCUCCAUGCCUGAGGAGGCCAAUAAAGCUGUGAACACUUUUCAUGGAUUCAUGUUUCAUGGUAAACCACUAUAUGUUGCGCUUGCUCAGAGGAAAGAGGACAGACAAGCACAGUUGCAGCUCCAGUAUGCACAGCAAAUUGCAGGACUAGCUGGGCCUUCAACUGCCGUUGUCCCUGGUGGAUAUCCUCCUUUCUACUACACAGCUACUGGUGUUGUUUCACACGCACCUCCUCGGGCUGGGCUCAUGUAUCAGCCUAUGGCAUUGAGGCCAGGAUGGAGGGCUAAUGGCUCUGCACCUCCUGCUAGAUCAUUUCAACAGUCACCAGCACCUGUUGUUUCUAGCAAUACUAGGCAACAUAGGCAAAAUAGGGGCAGGAUGAAUGGCCAUGCAGUAUCACAGGGAAAUACUCACUCUGGUAUGCCACAAGCCCAGCAGGCUUCUCAGUCAGCGAUCUCUUCAAGAGAGUCAACUACUCAGCAGAGAACCGGACAGGCUAAGUACGUACCUGGUGGGCGCCACCGUGAGAUGGAAAAAGGAUCUGGAUUCUCAUGUAGUGGUUCAAACUCUGGUGGAGGCGCCCAGGGAUCAGAAGUGCUGCAUAGCAUGCUUGCUAAUGCUAGUCCAGAGCAGCAGAAAGAGAUACUUGGCGAGCAUCUCUACAUGCUUGUCCAGAAACUGAAGCCUAACCUAGCAGCAAAGAUUACUGGGAUGCUUUUGGAGAUGGACAAUGCUGAAUUGUUGGUUCUGAUGGAAUCACCAGAGUCUCUUUCUGCAAAGGUGGAAGAAGCUUUCCAAGUUCUGAAGAACUCUAAAACGAAAGUUUCUGGUCAGGAUGUACUUCAUUCGAAUUUCCUCUCAGCCGAGGUUGCAGUGAACUGAAGACUUUAAGUGCUGAAGACUUUUGAUACAUGAGUUUUGACAUCUGUGAUUACCUGACAGUUUUCUCUACAGUAUAUUUCUUCAUGAAAAUAACUGUUAGUUUUAUCUUUUCCUGCCUUAGGGGUGACACAAAUUGGUAGUAAUAGUAAGAUUUAGGGUAAACUUUGUUUACAUUGAUGAAUUUUGGUUCAAUAUUUUCAUUUCUCAUUAAUGAUCUGCAGCACUAACAUGGUACUUUCUGAUAUAUGCAUGCACACAAUUCUAAAUCGAGUAAUAUGCAAACACAUCAGACUUUCAUAUACUGACAUACCGUCUAUAAUUUAAUCAUCUAUUUUUUCUAUGAUCUAGACAAUCAGUUACCAGAAGUCAUCACGGAGCCUGAUUUAUCUAAGUUGGGUCAUGUAAGAUUCAUAUAAAGGGGUAAAGCUCUCUUAGUACCUAGUUUCUUCAGUAAAAAAACUCGCAGUUUGGGUUGGACUGUGAGUUUAGGCCAGCACCCGUGUUCGUCCCCUAGUUGCACAUGUGCAUACUUUACUCGUCACUUGUAUAUCCAAUAUAUAAACAUAAUUAUCCAUUAUAGUUGUAAUCACAACUAUAUAUGCAUUUAAA